GGCAAAUCGGAUCCAUCUGAUCCUGAGAAACACAAACUCCGUAUCCCCAUUAACGACCGUUAUAACGUUUUCAAGCUUGAGAACUUCCGAAUAAGUGGAUCCGUUAGCUUGUCCGUUACAAAUCAUGCCAUCUUCUCCCAAGCUGUUUCACGCGCGGCCAUCAUUCUUCACGCGCCGAUCGACUGAUUUGAUCGUCUUCACCUCUCUUGUCUUCGGGCUCACCGGAUUCCUCUUUGGACUAUCCUCGAUUGUUUUCCCGGGUCUCCGGUUAUCCGGCUUGACCUGCCUCACGAACUCUCCUCCGAAGACGGUACGGAUCGUCUGGGACGUCGCUGGGAACAGUAACGGCAAUGGCGCUCGCGGCGAAAUUAAGAGGCACAAGGUGAUGGGAUUCGUCGGAAUCCAGACCGGAUUCGCGUCAGCUGGCCGGAGACGAGCCCUCAGGAACACGUGGAUGCCGUCCGAUCCAGACGGGCUUCGACGCUUGGAAGAAUCAACAGGACUGGCCAUCAGGUUUAUUAUAGGCAAAACCAAAAAUGAGGCGAAAAUGGCUGAGAUUCGAAGGGAGGUCGCAGAGUACGAUGACUUUAUACUGCUCGAUAUCGAGGAGGAGUACAGUAAGCUCCCAUACAAAACUUUGGCUUUCUUUAAAGCUGCGUACGCCCUAUAUGAUUCAGAAUUCUAUGUCAAAGCUGAUGAUGAUAUAUAUUUGAGGCCAGACCGGUUGUCUUUACUAUUGGCUAAAGAGCGGAGUCACUCGCAGACAUACCUUGGAUGCCUGAAAAAGGGUCCUGUUUUCACAGAUCCAAAGCUCAAAUGGUAUGAACCUUUGGGAGAUCUGCUCGGGAAAGAGUACUUUCUUCAUGCCUAUGGCCCAAUAUAUGCUCUUUCUGCUGAUGUUGUCACAAGUUUGGUUGCCCUCAAGAACAACAGUUUCAGGAUGUUUAGCAACGAGGACGUGACAAUAGGUGCGUGGAUGCUAGCAAUGAACGUCAACCACGAGAACCACCGCACCCUUUGUGAACCAGAGUGCUCACCGCACUCCAUUGCUGUUUGGGAUAUCCCAAAAUGCUCAGGUCUUUGUAACCCAGAGAAAAGGAUGUUGGAACUUCACAAGCUAAAGAGCUGCUCAAAGAGCCCUACUUUGCCAUCGGAUGAUGAAUGAUCUUACCUCUUAUAUAUCUCCUUUGAUGGUCAAAGAUCCGAGGCGACACGUCCGCCAUUGAAGUUGCUUCGAACAGAUUCCGCAAGGCUUUCGGUUUUCCAUUUAGCGAGGAGAGUUGAUCAGUGGCUUAAGCGGCUUUAGGGUUUUAAAAAGCAGGGUUAGUAAUUUUUGUGUAAACUUAGUUUUGGGUGAUUCCUUCUUGUACAAGUUUAAGAUUAAAGUAAUUGCAAUUUCGAUCUCGCAUUUACCACCGAUGAGGAAUGGAAAAACCGUACAGUGUGAAUCGAUCAAGUUUUAUCCACCACUUUUUUUGGGUCUAAAAUAUGUUCUUUUCAUGAACGAAGAUUAAUGUAUUACUUGAAUGUAC